UUUUUUUCCCCCUUUCUCAAGCAAAACCCUAGGCCCUCUCUCUCUCUCUCUCUCUCUCUCUCUCUAGUGUUGAGGAAAAGGGAAAGGGCGAAGCGUCUCUAAUUGGCAACUCCACGUGCUCGUUGGAGAAGUUGGUUGCCUUUGGAGAAUGGCUUCAGCAGAGCUCAAUGGAAAUUUGUCCAAACUAUCAAUUAACACGGAGCCUCAAUCUAAUGGGAAAAGCAUGCUGUCGGAGAAUCAAUCAACAGAUGGUAAUGUACAGAUCACAUGUUUCACCGAGGAUUUGCACGAUGUCACACUACAUUUUCAGAUCAUAAGGCUUACGAAGCAGAUUUUUGUUUGGAUUGGGUGUAACGCAGCAAAAUUUGGCCGUCUAUACGCAGCUGCGACUACUCGACCGAACAACAUGGUGAGUGUUACUUCCAUAUUAGGAGGCACUGCCGAUAACUCAGGUUCGGGCAUUGCUCGUCGAUUAGUACUAAAAACAGGUCUAAAUAUUGUUCUCGCGUGCAAUAUUCCUAAAGAUAGCCCAAUGCUCGAGGCAACUGCGGAGAGGAAGCUAGUGGAGAAGUUGAGGAGUUUAGGUUACAUCAAGCCUAGAAUUGAAGGAAUGCCCAGUAUUGCUUCAUGAUUUAAGGCUAAUAUAACAUGCAUAAAUUUGAUUUAUGUUAUGCCUUUAGAAGGAUGAAACACUGGGCCCUUGAUAUUGUAGCAAUCUUCAAAUUCGGAGUGAUAUUUAUUCUGGUAAUUUGGCAAAUUUUAGUUGCUUUCUCUGUGGCAUGGCAAUACACUGUUUUUCUGAUUUGUAUGUGUAUUUAGCUAAGUUUCUGGCUUCCACAUUAGAAAUUGGAGCCUAAUAACUAAUAAUUAUCUGGAGUGUGGCUGGCGUGCUUCUGAAA